CAUAGCACAGAAAACAACAUAACAAUAAAGCGCACUGAAUGUUUUCAAUAAUUGGCAGUCUUAUCCUUCCGUUUUGUUACACAGCUUGCUCUUGGCGUAAUAAUUCUACAAUUAUAAAAGGGUUUCCAGACAUUCGUUGGGAUCAGACUUGUGGUUUCGGUUACGCCCCCAAUGCCCAAAUGCCUCAAACAUUUAUGGCCACAACGAUCGAUCUACCUGAUUUUUCGUCACCAUAUAACAGCAUACAUCCAAGAGAUAAACAAGAUGUGGCUUCUCGCCUUGUUUUGUCGGCUCUUCAGGUAGCUUAUAAUAUCAAAACAAUGGGUAGAUUUGUUGGACCAAUGAUCUCAGCUUUCAGUGUCGACCUUAUUACUAACAGAAUGACUUUAGAUUUCGACAACGGUACCGAUCCUAUACGAGUUAAAUCUAUGGACGGAUUUGAGAUUUGCUGCUCUGUAAAUAAUAUGUCAAAAUGUGACGGAACUGAUGAUUCCAAAUGGUUGCCAUCACCGAUCGUGAGUUAUGACACAACAAGUGUGACAGUCGCAACAUGUGAUGGUAUGUGGAUAAUGGGUAUACGGUAUGCCUGGAGGGAGUCACCAUGUCUGUCAUCUAAAAUGUGUGCUGUUUAUAGCGUGGAGAAUGACAUUCCGAUGUCACCUUACAUUUCAAUAGGUUUAAUCAACUGAAAUAGUUAACUUUACAUAAGUAGUAUUGCUAUUAUGGAAACGUAUGUAUAAAAACAUAAAGAGAUUGUGUUUCUUCUGA